GCGGCGCUGGGAACUCGGAGGGCCGGUCGCGGGUGGUGGGACCCGCAUGGCUGCGGCGCGGAGGCACGUGUUUGUUGAAAAAGUGCUGAAGAGACUUUUUCCUCAGGAUCCACGUGGCCGAGAAAAGCGGGCACCUCUGCCUGCGGCCUCCGAAACCCCGCCCGAGAAGGAGAGAUGCCGGCGCGUCCGCCCGUUGGCAGGUGGCGGCACUGGGACCCCGCCUGGCCGGCGGCUCUACACCGUGGCUUUGCCUCCUGAGGGCUAUGUUCCUGCCCCUGCCCCGCCCGAGCCCGAGCCCGAGGCACCCAGCUGCGCCGAUUCCGGGGAUUCCGAGGGCUCCUCCAGCAGCCAGGACGUGGCAGAUCGGGAUCCUCAUGACCAGCCAAAGAGAAGAAGAGUUAGGAAGCAUAAGUCAAAGAACAAAGUUAGCCGUCCCUGCAGCGUUCCCGCAGAAGAGGCGGGGUUGGAGGAGCGGCGGGGUCUCUUAGACGAAGGACCGCAGCCGCCGCACGCGGACGGCCCCACCAUCAGCAAAAACAAGAAAAGGAAGCUGAAAAAGAAGCAGCGAGUGAAAAGGAAGCGAGCAGCCGGCUUGCUGACCAAAGCCGCCGGCGUCAGCUUCUUGUAUGUGCCCGGCGAGGGCGACUCCGAGCCCGGGGACUCCAGCGAGGGGGCCGGAGGGGGCGGCUCCGACGCCGAGGACCCAGGGGACGCCGGGGACAAGGAGGGCCGUGAAGACAGCGUGGACGCCAAGCAGGACGGGGGCGAAGGCUCCGAUGGCCAGGCAGAGGGUAUCCUCGAUUUUUUGAAGUCGACACAGGAAAUGUAUUUUUAUGACGGUGUCUCCAGGGGCUCGGACCCCGCCUUCCUGGCCGCCUCGGAGGCGCUGCUGAGGGGCCUGGCCGCCGGCAGCGUGCCCCCCUCCGACCUGCGGGCCCUGGGCCACAUGAAGGCGCUGCUGCUGCUGCAGGAUCCGGGGGCGCUGCGGCGCGCCCUGCCGGCCUUCGAGGAGCACUGCACCCUGCCGCCAGACCAAGCCCGCGUGGUCUCCGCCUUCUUCAGUUACUGGCUCACCCACGUGCUUCCUGAGAACCGGGGGGACGGGCCCGGAGCAGCGCCCGAGGAGAGCCCACCGGAGCAGGAGGCCUGACCGGCCGCAGGCGGCUGAGCUCGGCCCGACACAGGGACCUCGGCCCGGGGGGACGGGCCGCCACGGAACCCACUCCGCGCCCCGUCGGCCGGCGCCGAGGCUCCCUGCGCAGCGCAGACCACACGGGAAGCCGCCGAUCCCUGAAGGUGCCGGUGUCCUGAACCGCCCCCCGGGAGGCGGGCGUUUAUUCCUGUGAGAACCAAGAGUGCACGCUCUGAGGGGAGGAAGCUGUGUACGACGUGUCUGUUUUUAUAAAGUUUUAAAUGACCUUGUCCCUGAAAGCCCCUGUCUGGAGAAUGAGUGCCUUGUGGGUGCUAAGUGCUGUGGCUCAGGCAGUGUCAUUCUCGCUGUUUUAUCUUCUCCUCCCGCAC